CUGCUUUAUAUGUGCUGGAGUGACAGUGGUCACCUCUCAGCCAGUGCCUUUCUAGUGGGCCAGAGGCCAUAAUACAACUUCCGGAUGGAGAAGGAAAAGAUAACUAAGAGGAUACUGAACCUCACUUUAGAGAUCAUCUACCUGCUGACCGGCGAGGAUUAUAUACUGAUUAAGAAGUCAAGGGAGCGUAUGUCCGAGGGAUGGAGCAUAACUCGGGACCCUAUUGCGGUGCCUCCAUUUCACUCACUGAUACAUGAUCGAAAAAAUGAUCAGAAGAUCCUGGAACUCACCAAUAUGAUCAUUCAUCUGCUGGCUGAAGAGGAUAAUUUUGAGGAUCAUCACAAUGAAACGUUGAAGAAUCAUCAGUACCCCAGUGGGGAUGAAAAUCGAAAAAUGGUCUCAGAAUAUAAAAGAGGUCUGAACCCAUCUGCCAAUUAUUGUGAGCAUCCACCAGGAGGGAGAAUUCAUGCAAAUGCUUUUGCAGAGGGACCUCGCGGUCCAAAAUCGUUUACGGCACUUUCUUCGUUACAGUUUCGUGGUAGAAAGGAACUCCAAAGUGAAACUUUGUCAUGGGAUUGCAAAGUAGAAAAUAGCCAGACUGAAAGAGAAAUUGCCACCAGCAGUUUGAAGACAAAGCAGGAGAAUAAAUUACUCAGGGUGAAGAUUAAGGAAGAGGAAACACCUACAGUUAUUAGUCCAGAUGCAGAAACAAAAGGAAAUAACAGUGGGUAUAGGCCUCCAGAAGACAUCCUAUUAACCAGAGAACCUCCUUAUUAUGACAUGGAUAUCUUGAAACCUGAAGACCAUUCACAUGAUGGAUCAGAAGAUGAAGAAGAGGAAGAAGAAGAGGACUGGCUUUUGGUUAAAAUUAAAGAGGAAAAUGUUCCCACAGAAAUCACCUCUGAACAAUUUGAUCAGUACUUACAAGAACUGCAGCAGAGUAAGCAGACAAGCAGGCGGAUGUCAGAUGCAGGGCCAUCUUCAUCUGACAAGCGCAUUAAACAAUCCAAAAAAUUACGGGCCAAACCUUUUAGUAAGAAUGAAUUGAUAGAUAUGGUCCAGUUUUUGGAUGAACAGGGAUACGAACAAACAACAGCGGGCCAUGUACAUCAGAAGAAGACCGGAGUCCUGAAUCAGCUGUCUAAUCUGCUGUACGAAAAAUAUGGAACCAUGCACAGCAAGCGGCAGAUCCAGAAGCGUUAUUCUGACCUGAAGACAAGGGAACAAUGGCGCCUUGCCUCAAUUAGGAGGAAAAUACUUAGGGUGAAGAUGUUGACAAGUGAAUCAGAAAUGCUUCCUGCUGCACCUACUGAGGACAACGCAGAUACAGAGAGCAGGACCAUUAAGACAGACACUAUCGCUUCAAAGAACGGAGGCCCCAAUGUACUAUAUAAAGACAGCGUUUUCUUCAGGAACUGGAACAAGAUGUAAGCACAGCGUGUCAUGAAGAAACUCCUGGCCCUUGUAGUCCACAGCCAUCGAUAGGCCAGGAACCAAGUAAUGCAGAGGUUUUCUCUAAACUCAUUGACAUUGAAAGCAAA